GGCUCCCGUGCGGCGGGGACCGGUCCCCGGGGGAGAGGGGCGGCCAGCUGAAGGAAGAGCAGCCAGCUGAGCCCAGCACUGCGCCCUGCUCGCGAGCCUCAGCCAGCGACCAGGAGAGUGGAGACGCCUCCCUUAAACGGGUGCCCAGGGCAGGAUGUAUACGCUGCUGUCGGGGCUGUACAAGUACAUGUUCCAGAAGGAUGAGUACUGCAUCCUGAUCCUGGGCCUGGACAAUGCUGGGAAGACGACCUUCCUGGAGCAGUCAAAAACCCGGUUUAACAGGAACUACAAAGGGAUGAAUCUAUCUAAAAUCACCACCACCGUGGGUCUAAACAUUGGCACGGUAGACGUAGGAAAGGCUCGCCUCAUGUUCUGGGACUUAGGGGGACAGGAAGAGCUGCAGUCUUUGUGGGAUAAGUACUAUGCAGAGUGCCAUGGUGUCAUCUAUGUCAUCGAUUCCACUGAUGAAGAGAGACUGUCAGAGUCCAAGCAGGCAUUCGAGAAGGUGGUUUCGAGUGAAUCUCUUGAUGGUGUCCCCAUCCUGGUGCUGGCCAACAAGCAGGAUGUGGAGACAUGCCUCUCAAUCCCUGACAUCAAGACCGCCUUCAGUGACUGCACCUGUAAGAUCGGCAGGCGAGACUGUCUGACCCAGGCCUGCUCCGCCCUCACAGGCAAAGGAGUACGCGAGGGCAUUGAAUGGAUGGUGAAGUGCGUCGUGCGCAACGUGCACCGGCCGCCACGGCAGAGAGAUAUCACAUAGGCGCGGCUGGCCCUGUCAUCUCGGACGGUUCGUCCCCUAGUGCUGGAGGAGCAUUCUCCCUGCUGGCUCCUGUGCCAUUGAUCCUGGGGGUUGGGUUUGCUUUGCCCUUUGGUUCUUUUAUUUGCUUUGUUUUCUCUAAGACAAACUUUUUUCUGUGUCUGGAAAAGUGUAGGUAUCCAGAGGCUUCUGCCAGCGGUCAUGGGCAGCUGGGCCUGCCUGCCUCCACAUUGACCACCAUAGGCCUUAGGUCCUGCUGGCCACUCUCAAGGGUCCUGGGUCCUUCUUGAGCCCAGGCAUGGAGGAGGGUGGCUGGAGGGGCUCCCCAGGCUGCCUGCUGUGCCGGUGGAGUCUGAAAAGAGCUGUGUUGGAAGUGGGGUUGGCUGUGGCAGCUGCUUUGUCUCACUUGUCCAUGGAGGAGGCAGAUGGAACUGUGGCUUAUCCUGGAGCAGAUGUGGGGGCCAGUGUUGCCCUGAGGAAUAUCUAGCCCAUGUGGCCAGAGGCCAGGAGGGCCCUAGGUUUUGCUGCAACCUCAGGACAGGGCUGAGAUGACAUGAAAGUCAUACCUCCCCACUGGCCCAUUCUCACUUCAUUUUGAUAUCAGAAGGAGAGGGGUACCAUGGAAAUGAGAAGUCGAGCCUGUUGCCUAUCUUUAUGCCCCUCACUCUGGCAGCUUGGGCAUUGUUGCUGUGGGCACAGGACUUCAAAGCCCAGCUCAAGUGGAACCAUAGGGCACCUGGUUGAGUUGGGUGGGUCAGGUUCCCACAGAGCUAUCAGUAGUGUGCUGGGCCUGCAUACCUGGUCCUGGCUGGCCAUGGGGGAGGGGUCCCAGAUGUGCUAACAGGUGUUGGGGUAACCUAUGGGGACAGUGGAGGUCUCCCUGACCUUUUCACACAGCACUACUUGGGCUGCCAUUCCCAGGGAAUCCAGCUGACUGCUGUGCCCUCCCCAGCGUGAACAGGGUAAGAAUGCAAAAUAAAGACAGCCUGGCUGCUCCUAGCCAUCUGUCCCUCCAGACAGCCCAAAGGCUGCAUCCCCUGCUGUCCAGGAAUAGUUACCACAGCAGAAAGUUGCCACCCCAGGGUCCAGGGGACUGGUGGCAUGGCCUAACUACCCAGGCCCUCAGCUGUUACGGAUUGGCCUGGCUAUGGCCUUGGAGACUUGGUGGUUCAGUGUGUCAAAGAUCAGGUCACAACAUACUGUUCCUUCCCUGGCACCCUAAGGGGUGGUGGGGCUGGGGAAUACACAUGACAGGGCGCGGGCGCUGUGUCUCUAGUGGAGGUCCCUUUCCCAGCGCUGAUGCCCUGGUACAAUCACACAGGUUGGUUCCCAGGACCUGCAGGAAGUAGGAAGGACCUGGCCAUCCUGGAGGACAAGGGCAGUACAACAGUUCCCCAGGUCAGGGUGGACAGACGAACCUCACAGACUUAGAGGCCAGGGGUAGCCUUCACAGAAUCCUCCUGGGAGACCUGAGGCUCUGGAGCAGUGCCAUUGCCUAUCAGCACUGCCCAGCCACUGAGCAAGAGUGGGGUCUCACAAAGAGUUUUGGGGGCCGCCCAGGCAGGCAGAGGGGCACAGUACCACGUGACCGCUAUCUCUUCCCGCACUGACAGGCCCCACUGAGUACAGGAGUGGAUGGCAGUCGGCUCCAUGUCCCCUGUGCAAAAGGCGGGUUGGUGGGAAGUAGCCAAGGGAAGGCGCAGCCUCUCUGCCCAGGGCGCCUGCACUCUAGGGGCAGAGGCACGACUCAGGGCAGCAGGUCUAAGAAAGUCUUUAUGAAAUAAACUUUGCCAAGUCUC